AUGGCUGCGCGACCUACCACUCCGGCGUCCCCUAAAAAUGUCAAGAUCAACUCGCCCACCCCGGGGACGCCUUUGUUUGGCUGUGAGCACGUUCAAAUAUUACUAUCCAACAACCCAGAUGUCCUAAACAACUCAAUCCAAUACUAUAAGAUGCUGCUGAGAGUCAUCUUCGACGGCAACCCCCUAGUACCGCAGACUUGCAAGGGUCCAGAUGGGCUCAUAACUACAUCCCUAACUUCGAACUACCUCUGCUUGCAAUGUUCUGUCAUUGUUACCGAAGAAGAGCGUACGAAACAUGCGAACAAAAAGAGCCACCGGUUUUAUGUCGACUCAAGGAGUGGUUCAUUAUACUGUCAGUUCUGUGAAGACUUUGUAUGGGACCCAACCCUGGACGAUCUUAGGGUGAGAAAGAUAGGAACCGGUUCAUUCUCAAGUCGUAAGCGAAAACAUGAAGAGAUGUUUUCGGAUACUGUGAAAGAUCCUUUAAAGGAUGACCCCAGAUACAUAUCCUCCAAUACUACUAUCGCAUCAUGCAGGGCAGAUGGACUUCGAGGAAUCUACAAUGCUGGUGCGACAUGUUACCAAAACGUUGUUUUACAGAGUUUUCUUCACAAUCCCCUACUGAGGAACUUCUACUUGAGCGACGGUCACCAGAGCAGCGAUUGUCAGGUACCUCACUGCCUUAGCUGCGCCAUGGACGAUAUGUUUCAAGACUUCUACGCCCUCGAAAACACCAACGGUUAUACCGCGGCCAACAUAUUGUCCGGUUUUUGGAUAUCUGAAAAGAAGGCGUUUGAAAACUUAGUCACUACGAAGGAACAAGACGCGCAUGAAUUCUUUCAGUUCUUAGCCGAAGAGUUACACGAGAGGAACGGGGAUGGCAAGAAGCCCGAAACUGGCAGUGAACAUAGUUGCAAUUGCAUCAUCCACCAGACUUUCUAUGGCAAGCUUCAGAGCCAAACGACUUGCCAGCAUUGCGGCGGUGUCACCAAUGCGAUAGAGUCUUUUCUUGACCUAAGUUUGGGCUUGGAGAACCUGUCACAGAAGAGGGGCAAGAAGGCCCCCAAGACCGCUGCAUCGUUAUCGUUGCAAGAAUGUCUUGACGAGGAGUACAUUAAAUCCGACAAGUGCGAGUAUCGGUGUAGGAACUGCAAUUCAUCGCAACAAGCGCGGAGAGAUCACAGCAUAAAGCUGCUGCCGAAUGUACUGUCUAUACAGCUCAAAAGGUUCGAGUUCAAACAGGGGAACCGUGAUCGUGUUGCAUCCAAGAUCAGCACGAAAGUACAGUUUCCGUUACAACUAAGCAUGCUUCCAUAUACCACGCGUAGUCGAACAUCGGAUGCCCGUGAUAGUCAGGAACUAAGGCGAUCAUGUACAUAUGACUUAUUGAGCGUCGUCGAGCAUGUUGGAGAGAUCGAUACGGGUCACUACGUAACGUAUUCUCGAGUUGGAGAUCAAUGGUUCUCGUUUAACGACCACAAAGUCGAACUGGCCAAGAAAUCCGACGUCCUGGGCAGCCAGGCUUAUCUACUAUUCUACAUCAUCCGGUCGCUGGCGUAA